CGUUCACUGGCGUUCCCCACUGCCAUGCCUCCCUGCAGUCGGUGGUGCGGGGCUUUGCGUUUCAACAGUAGCCAUCCACAGGCAAAUGGCGGCGGGGGCGAUCCCGUCUUGCUCCGCGAUGACUGCGUCAACAGCAGCGGCAACCGCAGGGGCAGACGGCAACAGCAGGCACUUGGAAGGGGAGGACAUUACGGUGUACCAGUACAAGAUAUGCCCGUUCUGCAACAAGCUCAAAGUGGUGAUGGACUUUCUGGGCAUCCCGUACUCUGUCACGGAGGUCAACCCGCUGACAAAAAAGGAAAUCAAGUUCUCGGAAGACUACCGGAAAGUCCCCAUCGUUCGCAUGGGCGGGGAGCUGUUCAAGGACUCGCCGGUCAUCAUUGAUGAGCUCAUCGCCCGCCUGCGGGAGACGAAGGUGAUGUCGGACGAGGAGCACGCUGUGUUCUGCUCAUCGGACGCCAAGAAGUGGGCGGAGUGGGCAGACAAGCAGCUUGCCGUGUUGCUGUUCCCGAACCUCACCCGAAAUUUCUCGGAAUCGUACCAGGCGUUUUCGUACGUAAACGACGUCGACACGUUCAGCAUGAUGGACAAGAUAUCGAAUCAGGUGAUCGGGUCGGCCGCCAUGUGGGCGGCCCAGGGCAAGAUUAAAAAGAAGUACAACAUCGACGACGAGCGGGAAGCGCUCUUCUCGGCCAUCAAGGACUGGACGGACGCCCUGAGAGAGGUCGACGGGCCUUUCUUCGGAGGGGACCGACCGAACCUCGGCGACCUCUGCGUGUUCGGGUGUAUCCGGGCGAUAGAGGGCUUGGACACGCACAAGGACGUGCUCGCGAGGCAGGGCGUAGGGGCGUGGUACCAGAGCAUGGUCUCGACGCUCGAUUACGCUCCUUCAGCCUAGAAGUAUUCGGGUUUCCGUUUUCACACCUUAAGGCGGGAGGGAGAGAGAGAGAGAGAGGGAGAGAGGCCUUCUAAGUUGUGGUCCUCGGGUUCUUAUGAUCCCUCCUUAGGCCUCUCCUCUUGUCGUUGAGUUUUCGGGUGGUGUUUUUGUUUGCUUGCCUUUCGAAACGCUUGCGAAUUUGAUGGUGGACGCCAAGGGCUCGGCUCACAGAGCAGGGCAUGCUCUAGAGGAAGGGUAUCUGGGCGUGUGGUAUAUCAACCAUGGUACGGACACUACAAUUCGCCUCUAGCUCCUAGAGAUGUACUAAUUGGUGUACCCUUUUUCCUGCGGUGGAUAAGGAGGAACUAAUAGUGUUGCUGCCAUUUUUUGUCGUCGCUUUGAUAGCUUGUCUCCGCCGAAUGUUUGUCGGGCGGUCCUUCGACGCAUCCCGUCGAAUUUAAUUCUUCGCCGUGAGAAAAGCAUGUGUCGGCACAAGAGAGUGAAAGUUUGUAUUGGCGAUGGAGGCUUGCCACACGAACGAAAAGCGUGGUCGCGACGGAGGGCGUCGGAGCACGUGCCAUGGCGUUCUCGCGCUAGAAUGUGGUGUGGGAACCGGUGUUGUUACUACUACAUUUUUAACGGUACCAAACGUGUGGUCUCAAGCUUGAGUACGCACCUGCAGGCUAACGAGUGUUCGGCGCGUGAAGCUUGUCUCGUUCUUGCUUUUGGUGCUUGGUUUGAUCGACGGCGUGUGGGAAUAGUUGGCAAAGUGGCGUUUCGGUUCUGGUUUGCUCGACCGCUUGAUGAGAGCUGCGCCUCGCUUUCUCUUCUCUCUAGGGUGGCACUGCUUUUUACGUUUUGCUUGC